CAGCUCUCCGGAGACGAAGCGAGAAGAAGGACCAACAGAAAAUCAUUUACUGUUUAAUCUCGUAUUUAUCAAGCUUUUCAAAAAUGGUAAAGUCUGGAAGUCUGUUUGCGCUGGUCGCCGUUGUCCUGCUGGCUGUGACUGUGUCUGGAUCAGAGGAAAAACUGGCCACCUGCUGCAAAACUGUCACCAAUAAGGAGAUUACAGAGCCGAUCUUGGGAUACUUGGUCCAGAGAGCAAGGCGUCCAUGUGUCAAUGCAGUCAUCUUUCAGACACAGUCCGGUCUUUUCUGCAUCAAUGGGAGAGCUCCCUGGGUUCGUGCCACGAUUGUUGCAUUCGAGAAAGCUAAAGCCCAGUCCACUACACCAUCUGUGGUCACUACAUCUCCAGUCUCCCUUCUCUCCAUCAUAACAUCCACCGCCUCUCCUUCAUCAUCGUCCACCGCUCUGCCUUCCUCCUCAGCGACCUCUGAGAUGUCAGCCGGCGAGACCUUUUCAGAAAGCAGGAACGAGUAGGACGCCAUGUGAUGGAGAAAGAGCCUGGAACAAACUUAAAAAUUAGUAACAAUUACUGAUAAUUUAUUGUUAAAUUAUUAGGGUGAAUAUGUAUUUUAAUCUGUUCAUCAAAAGUAAAAUUAUUUGUUAGUCUAAUUUAAUUUAUCUGUGCUUCUACAGUACAGGAGAAACAUUUUAUAGGAAAGUGAAUUCAUUAGUGUUUACAUGUUACUGUGUGGAAAGGUUUUAUGUUUUUAUUGCCACAUGCGGGCAUGUCUUGAUGAAAAAUAGAGAUAUUUAUUUACUUGAAAUAUUGUCAUAACUUAAAGUGAAGUUGUGAAACCACUAUGGUUAGAAUUUUGAUGUUGCAUUAAGUAUUCAUCCGUUUUUAUGAUCUGUAUGUAGAUCAAACAAAUGCAUUUUGAUGAAAUUAAUUUGUGUAAUAUUUCAGAGAAAGUGUCAUCAUGAGAUAUUUAUUUAACUGAAAGCUUUUGUUGUGAAGAUUGUGACGGACAGAAAUAAACACUGAAUUAAUGGUGA